AUGAAGAUAAAUCAGAUUGCGCAGUACGUCCUGCUCGUCCUGGUUGCCCAUUUGGUGAAGCGAGUCAAGUCUAACAUUAUAGUCAACUGCUUCGGUAUGCUACACUGCAGAAUAUGUCACACAGCCAUACGGAAUUGCUUCUUAUCAGGGACUAGUAACUUAACAAAGUGUAUCCAAUGCGAGGAGAAGUACUACGACAUUCAGCCGUGCACUCACCAUACAGAAAAUUUCCUGCAGACCUCCAGGGACAAAGGAGCCUUUGUGGAGAUGAAAGAUCAUGAUUACCUAACGGAGGACAGAGUGGACGAACUCAUUUCUGAGGUGAUAAAGUUAUCGUUGGAGAAGCAGAAAAAUGCAGUGCCGGCAACAGAACACACAAAUGAAGAAUUCCAUAAGAAAAUAAUGCAGCUCUGUUUGUACUCUAACUUUAAUGACAAUUACGAAAAUGCAAAGAAGCACACCCAGGCAAAUGCUGAGGAGGUGGAAAAACACAUUCACAAGGUCGUUAGCAUGUACAUGAAGGAGAGUAACAACAUGGAACAUAUUAUUAACUCGCUGAAGAACCCAGCCUUGUGUUUGAAAUCCCCAGAAGAGUGGACGAAGGACAGGGCCGGCUACAAGGACAACGAUGAUGUGCCUUCGGUCAUCAUACCCGAGCGGAAGCUGUUCAAGCCGUACGAGGUGAAGUCGCUGAAGAGCUCCCUUUACAGUUACCAGUCGAACUGCAACCGGCAGUUCUGCGACAGGUUUUCCGACCCCAACGAGUGCGAGAAUAGCAUCCGGGUCCUCAACCAGGGCAUAUGCGGAAACUGCUGGGCCUUCGCCUCCUCGCAAGUGAUCUCCGCCUUCAGAUGCAGGAAGGGUCUGGGAUUCGCGGAACCCUCCGUGAAGUACGUCACGCUCUGCAAAAACAAAAACGCAGAUAACUUCCAAGAAAACCCAUUCGGUCACUACAACGAUAACAUCUGUAGUGAAGGGGGACAUCUCUCAUACUACUUAGAGACGUUAGACAAAACGAAAAUGCUGCCUACCUCGUAUGACGUCCCAUACAACGAGCCAUUAAAAGGAGCAGAAUGCCCAGAAGCCAACGCCCAAUGGGAUAACAUGUGGGAUCAGGUGAACCCAUUGACUAGAAUUAUGAAUGGGUAUCUCUACCGAGGGUAUUUCAAAAUUUCCUUUCAUGAGUAUGCAAGGAGUGGAAGGACUGAUGAGCUUAUUAGCUUAAUUAAAGACUACAUAAUAGAUCAGGGGUCCUUGUUCGUAUCCAUGGAGGUAAACGAAAAGCUAAGUUUUGAUCAUGAUGGAGAGAAAGUCAUGAUGAACUGUGAAUACAGAGCAUCCCCUGAUCAUGCUUUGGCAUUAAUAGGGUAUGGUGAUUAUUUAAAACCAUCAGGAGAAAGAAGUUCUUAUUGGUUACUCAGAAACAGUUGGGGCUCUCAUUGGGGGGACAGAGGAAAUUUCAAAAUUGAUAUGUAUGGUCCUUCCGACUGUAACGGUGCAGUAUUAUGUAAUGCCUUCCCUCUACUGCUCCAAAUGAAUGGGAAUAAAAUUACGAAACCGCUUCCAAAAGAUUUAGCAUCUACGGAUAGCAGGAUAAGGUAUGACCACUCCAUGUUCACUAGGGACCAAAACAGGAGACAGUCCAGGAGAUACAACUCGGGUGAAGAACAGGACAGACCAAAUGGUCAGGCAGAUAAUAACCCAUUUGAUAACUCUAAAAAUAAUGAUACAUAUGAUGGCGAUGAUAGGAAUUGGCAAGAUUUUGAUCCGUUUAGGGAGGGCUACGUUUACCCCUACAUGGAUAAUAGAAGGGACGGGGCACGCCGCAACGAGGAGGACCGCAACAACGAGACGGACCGCAGCAACGAGGGCAUGGGUGACAACCGCGGCAGCAAAAUCCGCAGAAAAGUUUUCAAGACCUCCCUCGUGGUAAAUAUUGGGGAUACGCAGUUCAACCGGAUCAUCUACAUGAAAAGAAAAGACGAGUACAAGGAGCAGCACUCCUGCCUGCGGACCUACUCCCUGGAUUCCCUAGCGGACGUCUCCUGCAGGAACAACUGCAAUCAGUAUAUUGACCUGUGCAAGCAUUAUACGUCCAUUGGGAUGUGUCUCAUGCGCUUUGCUAACAACUAUAAGUGUGUUUACUGUGGCAUGUAA